AUGAAGUUUAUUCCAAUAUUAUUAUCAUUUAUUUUAUUAUUAAGUCAAGUACUUAGCGAGGUAGCUACCUAUUCAUCCUAUGCUUUAUGGAAUGAAAAUGGAGAAGCAAUAAUUGGCUUGUUUAAUUUACCCACAGGCGAAACUAAAGUUUUAUACACCAUAAGUGGCUACCAACAUUUUAAUACAAAUCAAUAUUCAACAUUCAACAGUCACACAAAUAUGAUUUCAUUCUUAGUAUACAACAAUUCAAGUAAAAUGUAUUUAUAUCAAUUUAAUAUACACAAUCAUGGUUUAUUCCAAAUUCCAGUAGAUUUUUAUCAAACUCCAGAGGUAUAUUCAAUAAUAUCAUCAAAUAGUACAAGCGAGGAGGAUGAUUUGUUAUUUAUUGUUCAAACUAGCAAUGGAGAUACAGCAAUUGGUAAACUAAAUGAAAAUACUCACACUAUCGUAAUAGAAAACAAGUUACAAGGUAUUUUUUGUGCUGCUGCAUUCGAUAGUAAAGCAAAUCAAUACUAUACUCUCUCGGUUGUGAAUAAUAUCAAUGUUCUCAAUGUAUUUUCAAGUGAUGGAAAAAGCAAACAAGGAACUGUUAACCUUAAAUUCCCAAACCAAAAUUCUUUAAAUAUAUCAAGUUACCCAUAUAAUUUAGUUUAUUUAGAAAGCUUUGAUACUUUUUAUUUUUGGAUGGAUAUCGAGGGCACACCAUCACUCUUUACAAUGAAAAAUAGUAAUAUUAUCAAAGUUAUUCCUGGUUCUCAAUAUAUUUUCGAAAACUCAGUAGCCUAUGCUAUGGCUAGUACAAAUGUUGCAAACCCAAAUAACCAAGAGUUUUUCCAAGCUGUCUCAAUUCAACACAGUAGUUAUGCAGGCAAUGCUGUUUUAAAUACUUUUAACUCUCAAUCGAAAUAUGUAAAUAGUUAUCCAAUUAAAGUUUUACCAAUUAAUAUGUGGAUUGCCAAUUAG